ACCUGCUUGGAGUGUGGUGAAGGAUAGUGUGGCUACGGAGUUGCCAGCUCUAUUGGUGGUGUAUUGAAAGGUGAAGGUGAUGGUGUUCUCUGGAAGGAGUCAGAGGGUCCGGCGGUCACCAGCAGGAGCUGUGAGAUGGGGAGGAGGGAGAAAGGAGAGAUCCACUCAAUGGUGACAUCACGAGCUCCAGGAGUGGCUGAGAGGGAGGGUGUA